AUGACAGAAAUUUCUGAUGCCACUCAACCUUUUGAUCCUGUGACGAGUGAUCUUGCCACUUCCGAUGAUAACACGAAAAAGUUAUCAAAGCGUGCAAUGCGGAAAGAGAAGCGCCGUAUGGAAUGGGAAGAGCGCAAACUGAAGAAAAAACACAAGCGCCAGGAGCAGCAGCGAGUGAAUAAGGCAAACGGACUCGUCCUGCUUCCAAAGGAAUUGGACAUGAGCGAAAAGGCCGUAUUGCGACGCAAAGAGCGUACAAUUGCUAAGCGUGAGGCAUACCUCAUGGCUGCAGAAGAAGGUAUCAAGGUGGUCAUUGACUGCGAAUUCGAGGAGAAGAUGACUGAGAAGGAGAAGAAGAGUCUGUCGCAGCAGAUCAUGUUUGCAUAUGGUGUGAAUCGACGUAGUAGAAUACCCUUGAACGCGUACAUCACUUCGCUUCACGGAGACAUUCUACAGAACCUGGAGAAAAUUAGUGGCUUUCACGAGUGGCAGGCGUUCACAGGAUCGUCCAAGAGCUAUAUGGAUAUCUUCAAGAAGGAGUCGCUUGUCUAUCUUACAGCUGACUCGCCUACUACCAUCACAAAGUUGAGUCACGACAAGGUUUACAUCAUUGGUGGUAUAGUGGAUCGCAACCGUUUGAAGGGUAUUACGUACCAAAAGGCGGUGGAGCAGGGCAUUGAGACGGCGAAGCUCCCGCUCGAUGCUGUCGUCGAGAUGGGUUCUGCAACGCGUGUUCUGACCGUCAACCAUGUCUUUGAGAUUUUGGCGCAAUUUUCAGAGGUAAAGGAUUGGGCUCAGGCUACGUUAGCAACGCUUCCGUCGCGCAAGGGUGCUUAUUUGAAGGCGGAGUAG